AUGAAGUGCUUGGAAAAUGAAGUUAAGUCCCGAUGGCCUAACAGAUCUCUAAACAAGAAUGUUAUCAGCCCCGUAUCUGUGGACCCCCAGCCCAGCCUGGUUUCUUGUGGUUCUCCCAUCAAUGAAGUGGUAAGAAAAUAUAAGACCAUUUUGGUAACCACAGAGGAGAAGAUCACAAAGAUAAUGCUGAAUCGCCCAGACAAGAAAAAUGCUAUCAAUCUUGUGAUGUAUGGCGAAAUUAUGCAAGCACUUGACAAAGCUGCCAAGGAUGACUCCACUUUAACUGUUAUAACAGGAUGUGGCGAUUACUUCAGUAGUGGGAAUGAUCUCAACAAUUUUGCUGAAAAUGUAGAUGAGCUAAUGAAAGACAGUGGAAAGUGGCUGGCGAAAUUUAUCCAUAAUUUUGUUGACUUUCCUAAACCACUGGUAGCCAUGGUAAAUGGUCCUGCCAUUGGUAUUGCAGCUACUCUUCUUGGGCUGUGUGAUAUGGUAUAUGCUACAGACAGGGCAACAUUUCACACUCCUUUUAGCCAGCUGGGACUGAGUCCAGAAGGUUGCUCAUCUUAUACUUUCCCUAAGAUAAUGGGAGCAGCUAAGGCAAAUGAGAUGCUUCUCUUCAACAAGAUAAUAACUGCAGAUGAAGCAUAUACCAAGGGACUUGUGACUGAGGUUUUUGCUGACAAUACUUUUCAGGGAGAAGUUUGGACAAGGCUGAAAGCAUAUGCAAAUUUUCCUAAAAAUUCUCUAGCCAUCUCCAAACAGUUAAUGAGAAAUGUGGAUAAAGAAAUUCUACAUGCGGUCAGUUUGCAAGAGAGUAAGCUACUUGUGAAAAGAUUCUUUUCUGAAGAGUGUAUGAGUGGCCUUCAACGUUUCUUCCAGAAGAGAUCAAAACUGUAA